AUAACAACAAUAAUAAUAAUUCAUUAAUUUUCAUGUGCAUGUCUUUCUUCCCUCCAAUCAUUCUCUUGUUCAGUGUUUUCUUUUCUUUUCUUUUCUUUGAUUUUCCGGGAAAAUUUCUCUCACUCUUGCUCUCUGGUUUCCCGGCGACAGAGGAGGAAGUAGAAGAGUAGAAGGAAGAAAUUUCUCUGCUUCUACGGAAACUCUUACCCUUCUCUUCUCAAUUUCCGUGAUCAUCACAACUUCUUCACUCCUCAAUAACAUUCCUCCAUGAACUCCCUCUAGCCCCUCCUCUUGCACAAGUGUUAGUAGAAAGUGACUGAAAAUGGACAAACAUUCUGGGGAUUCAUUGUCUGGUCAUGGUGCUGCAGGCCCAUCAGGGAUUUCCUUACUUAAUAUUCCAAAAAGGGUGGGAAGCAGUGCAUGGGGAAUACCGCAUGCCACCGAUAUAUUCCAUGAUUCAAGUGAUGUUAGCUUGUUUUCUAGUUCACUGCCUGUUCUUCCACAUGAAAAGUUAGAUUUGACUGAUUCUGAACAUUAUGGUCAACCAGUUGAUGAUAACAUGCUAACAUUAGAUAAAGUUCAUAAAGAGGAUGAUGAGGGACAUGAUCCUUUUGAUGAUUUCGAAACCAGUGCAAUUGGAAACAUGCUUCCUGAUGAUGAAGAGGAGCUUUUAGCUGGAAUAAUGGAUGAUUUUGACCUCAGUAAAUUGCCCAGCCAAUUGGAGGAUUUGGAUGAAAGUGAUAUGUUUGUCAAUGGAGGGGGAUUUGAGAUGGAUUUUGACCAAGAGAGCCUUAAUAUUGUUAUGUCAAAGAUAAACAUUUCAGAUGGAGUUGCUUCAAAUGGUAUUGGUCACUAUGCAAUCCCAAAUGGCGUGGGAACAGUUGCUGGGGAGCAUCCCUAUGGAGAGCAUCCAUCAAGGACAUUAUUUGUUCGAAACAUCAACAGUAAUGUUGAGGACUCUGAAUUACGAACACUAUUUGAGCAAUAUGGGGAUAUCAGAACUUUGUAUACAGCAUGCAAGCAUAGGGGCUUUGUGAUGAUAUCUUACUAUGACAUUCGAGCUGCUCGCACAGCCAUGCGUGCUUUACAAAACAAGCCCUUGAGAAGAAGAAAACUUGAUAUUCAUUUUUCAAUUCCUAAGGACAAUCCCUCAGAAAAAGAUAUUAACCAAGGAACCCUUGUAGUGUUCAAUUUAGAUCCAUCAGUGUCAAAUGACGAUCUGCGUCAAAUAUUUGGGGCUUAUGGUGAGGUCAAGGAGAUCAGGGAAACACCUCAUAAGAGACACCACAAGUUUAUUGAAUUUUAUGAUGUGAGAGCAGCAGAGGCAGCACUUAAAGCAUUAAAUCGAAGUGAUAUUGCUGGGAAACGCAUAAAACUUGAACCUAGCCGCCCUGGUGGAGCACGUAGAAACUUGAUGCAACAACUGAGUCAAGAACUGGAACAAGAUGAAGCUCGAACUUUUAGGCAUCAAGUAGAUUCACCUGUGGCCAACUCCCCUCCUGGUAGCUGGGCACAAUUUGGUAGUCCAGUUGAACAUAAUCCAUUAGGUUCCUUUAGCAAGUCCCCUGGUUUGGGUCAUACCAGCCCUAUGAAUACUUCCCAUUCCAACCAUUUGCCUGGAUUGGCUGCAAUUCUUUCCCCACAUGCAUCAACAUCUGCCAAGAUUGCACCAAUUGGCAAGGACCCUGGAAGGUCUGCAAAUCAGAUGUUUGCAAACUCUGGAUCAACACAAGGAGCAGCUUUUCAGCAUUCUGUGUCCUUUCCUGAGCAAAAAGUAAAUGCAAGUCCUCGGCCUAUAUCAACUUUUGGUGAAUCAAGUUCAAGUGCAUCUAGUAUUGGGACACUAUCUGGUCCUCAAUUUCUUUGGGGAAGCCCAACUCCUUAUUCAGACCAUUCAAACACAUCUGCCUGGUCAUCGUCUUCUGUGGGGCUUCCAUUUACAUCUAGUGGCCAAAGGCAGGGUUUCCCAUAUACUAGUCAUCACAGUACUUUUCUUGGCUCCCAGUCCCAUCAUCAUGUAGGAUCUGCUCCAUCUGGCCUUCCUCUUGAUAGGCAUUUUAGCUACUUUCCGGAGUCACCUGAAGCUUCUCUCAUGAACCCGGUUGCAUUUGGAAACUUGAAUAACAGUGACAGGAGUUUUAUGGUGAACAUGGGUAAUCGUGCUUCUUUAGGAGUUGGCAUUGGUCUUUCAGGAAAUACUACUGAAAUUAGUUCACCUAAUUUCAGAAUGAUGUCACUGCCUAGGCAUGGUUCCUUGUUCCCAGGAAAUGCUUCUUACUCUGGACCAGGAGCAAUUAAUAUGGAGGGUUUAGCUGAACGGGGACGCAGUAGGCGACCGGACAAUAGUGGGAACCAAAUUGAUAGUAAGAAGCUGUACCAGCUUGAUCUAGACAAAAUCAUUAGUGGUGAAGAUACAAGGACUACUUUGAUGAUUAAGAAUAUUCCUAACAAGUACACUUCAAAAAUGCUGCUUGCUGCAAUUGAUGAGAAUCACCGGGGUACUUAUGACUUUCUCUACUUGCCAAUUGACUUUAAGAAUAAGUGUAAUGUGGGUUAUGCUUUCAUCAACAUGGUGUCUCCUUCACACAUCAUCCCCUUCUAUAAGGCACUUAAUGGGAAGAAAUGGGAAAAGUUUAAUAGCGAAAAAGUUGCUUCACUGGCAUAUGCACGGAUACAAGGAAAGGCUGCUCUUGUGAUGCAUUUUCAGAAUUCAAGCUUAAUGAAUGAAGACAAGCGGUGCCGGCCAAUUCUCUUUCAUUCAGAGGGCCAAGAUACUGGUGACCAGGAACACUUGCUAUCGAGCAAUUUGAAUAUAUGCAUUCGUCAGCCUGAUGGAUCGUAUUCAGGUGAUUUGUUGGAGAGCCCGAAGGGCAAUUUGGAUGAGAAGCUAGAGAAAGAUUAACCAUUUAUACGAUAUAUUGUUCCUAGCCACAAUAAAUGGGGUCUAGGAGUGCUAACUACUGCAUAGGAGAUCUAAAGGUGUACAAAGUUGAUUCAUCAAAUAUGUGAAAAAAAAUGUAAAAAGAUGAAGGGAGCAGCCCAGUUAUCAGCAGGUGCAGGCUCUCUGGAUAUGUCAAUAGAUUAUAAUAAUCAUCCAAAUAUGCUGAGAGCAGUUUGUUGAUGUGUAGAGAAACAAUUGUUUUAUCAGUGGAAAAGAAUAACUUGGAGUGAAUUGCUGGAUGGUAUGUUUCUACGACAGCAUGCAUGCCGCAUUGUGCAGGAUGACUUGGGGAUUUGUUAUUUUUGUCUUUCUCUGUCAAGGCUUUUGUGGCCUUCUGCGGAUAUGACUAAUGUGUAUAUGGGAAAAAAAAAUCCAAUUUAUGAAAAAAAAAAAAAAAGUUUGUAUAGAAGGAAAACGAGGAACUAUCCUGUUUAUCAAUGUUGUUGUCUUGUAGCCAAGAGAAAAUUGAAAUGUCUGUAAAGAUGUGAAGUUGUGAACUGGUUUCUUGCCAUUGUAUUUAUUUCAGAUUAUUGUUAGUGAAAAUCUGAAUGCUUUGAAAUAUUGGAGGCUUUGUGAAGCAUUAUUUUAUCAACCCUUAUAAAUUUUCAUCUUAUAUUAAUGUG